ACCCUGGGGAUGAACAGAUGUUUCAUGAAAACACAUUAAAAGGAGGGAAAAACUCGAAUUGUUUAGAAAUAGUUUUUUUGCAGUAAAAACCCAAACAAAACCCAAAAAUGGGUGGCGGAGAUUUAAACCUGAAGAAAUCAUGGCAUCCGCACACGAUGAAAAACCAAGAGCGCGUUUGGAAGGCGGAGGAGCAGGCAAAGAUGGAGGAGCGCAAACUGCAGGAUCUGCGCAAGGAAAUCAACGAGGAAAGGGACAGGGAGGAGCUUAGACGGCUGGGCGAAAGUUCCGGAGUACUGGCCAAUAAUGGUGGCGCCGCCGGCGAAGCAAAGCUCGAAUGGAUGUACAAAAACAGUACGGAGCUGAUCAACCGCGAGGAGUAUCUCCUGGGCCGCAAAAUCGACAAGUCUUUCGAGACUUUGCAAGCUGAGGAGCACCGGCAGGAGCAAAACACAGUCGGCCUCAAACAGUCCAUCAAUCAUGUCGAGCACGACUGCGUGCCCUUCUCCAUCCGAACAUAUCGUAACCUGCAGUCCACCGAACAGGUGGACAUGCAGCGGAAAACCCUUGAGGAUCCCCUGAUGCUCAUAAAGCAGCGCGAAAUGGAAUCCCGCCGAAAACUUCUCGAGAACCCCGUCAAACUUAAGGAAAUCCAUCGCAUCCUCAAGACCGAACAGGACCUGAAGGCCUCCAAGGAGAAGAAGGCCAAGAAGAGCAAAAAGUCCAAGAAGUCAAAAAAGAAGAAAAAGAACAAGCGAUCUAGUGAUGAGGAAAGCAGUGGCAGUGAGAGCAACGAUAGCGACGAUGACUUGGACAGAAAACUGGCCCGCCAGGUCAGCAAACUUAAGGGAGACCACGGCGAUGGAGACCUCAAGUUGGACAAACUACUGGACGCCAAGUACCGCACCAUAUCCAAGCAAUUGGACAUGGCCACCAAGAAAAAAAACAAGAAAUCCAAGAGAAAAAGUAGCGACAGCAGUGAGCAGAGUAGCGGUGAGGAUGGAAGGCCUAGACGACAAAGAUCCAGGGAGCUCGAGUCCAGGAGAAGGGAUAAGAGGAGCAGGAGUCCAGAAGAAAGAAAUCAUCGAGAAAAGUACCGUAGCAGAAGCCCCCAGAAAAGACGACAGAGCAGGAGUCCAGAGCAGAGACACAGGCGCAGGAGUCCAGAGAAAAGAAAGGAAAGACGGAGAAGCAGGAGUCCAGUAGACAGAAGGGAAAGGCGAAGGAGUAACAGUCCAGAAAAAAGAAAGGAAAGACGAGGGAGCCGCAGCCGGAGUUUGGAGAAGAGAAAGGUAGCGCGAAGGAGUCCAGAGAAACGAAAAGAAAGGCGAAGGAGCAAGAGUCCAGACGAAAGAAAUGACAGACCCAGUCGAACAGAAGAAAGCUCCAGAAAGCGCGAAAACCGCCGUAGUAUAAGCCUUGAGCAGCCUUCUAGAUCCAAACGCAGCAGGAGCCGCAGUUCCAAGAAAGAUGAACGCCGAAAGAGCCCAGAGAGACCACCUCAACGAAGGGAAAGGGAACGUAGUCCAGCUCCCAGUCGUCCCACCGGCAAGCCCAAGCUAAGCGAAGCCGAUCGAGAAGCUCGCCUCCGCGAAAUGAUGGACAAUGCUUCUUGGAGAGAGGCAGAUCGAAGCCAGGUGGUUCGUAAACACCGAGAAGCCUACGCACGCGAGGAAGCCCAAAACCGUGAUCGCGACUUCGACAAGGAGUUCAUCAACAAGGAAGUCAAGAAGGCCAUUGCCAACCACAACUCCAUUGGAGAUCGCAUACGGGCCAAUCUUAACAACAUCCAGCGCACUUCCUCCUCCAUGGACAGCAACUUUGCCCGCAAAUAAACUAGAAUUCCUUUAUUUCGUAUGCAUAGUAUGGAUCCGCAACAAAUAGAUUCAACUUUUUAAACGUGUUGGUUUGUGCUUACAAGAUAAACGAUGCGAUUAACAUAAA